AUGGAGCACUUGACCAUUAGCAAGUCCGGCAACGAGGCUGACUCCUUUCGAGUCUUUGUUUUUGGGGAUCAAAGUAGCUUCAGCCUAUCGAAUUUGCAGCUACUUCUUCUAAAGAAGAAUAACCCUUACUUGACGCUGUUCACUGAUCGAGUGAAUGUCGCUCUGAGGCAGGAGAUAGCUCAGCUUACAAUCGCCGAGCGCCAAUGGUUUCCUGCUUUCUCCAGUAUAAAGAAUCUUGUUGCCCGAGGGCUGAAGAAGGACAAGAAUGCAGCGCUGGACAGUACCUUGACGACAAUAUACCAGAUUUGCGCCUUUAUCAACUACUUCGGAGACUGCGAUGAGAUAUACCCAUCUAACCUAAACAACUACGUCUCGGGAUUAUGUAUUGGAACAUUGGCUGCAGCCGCAGUCGGCUCUUCAAAGUCCCUGGGUGAGCUGGUGCAAGCUGGUGUGGAUGCUGUCCGUGUGUCAUUAAAGAUAGGCCUCCUGGCUGCUCGGACGGCCGCUUUGUUCGGCCACCACAGAUCCAACGGUCCCUCUUCCUGGUCAUAUGUGGUUGCCGAAUCACAAUAUCCGCUGGCACUUGCUGAAAAGGCCAUCGCAGCCUAUAAGGAUAGCAGCAUGAUUCCGCCCCUGUCGUCGCCGUACGUCAGCGCCAAAGGCCAAAACUCUUGGACAGUCAGUGGUCCGCCGGAAACUGUACAGAAGUUUUUGGAGUCUUCACAAUUUUUAGAAACGCCAAAAUCCACGCCCAUCUCUGUGCAUGCGCCAUACCACGCACCGCACAUUUUCUCUGCUGUAGAUGUUGAGCAAAUUCUUCAAGACGUUGGAUCGGUCAGCGACCUGUCAAGCAAAAUUCCCUUCAUUUCUAGCUCAUCGAGUUGCAGCACGCUGGAAAACAGUUGCUUCCGAGACUUGCUGCACCAUGCCAUUGAAAGCAUUCUCGUUCUACCGCUGGAUCUACGCGAUGCUGCUGCGAACGUACAGAAGACACUGAAAAGAGCAAGCUCUACGGGCCAAUACAUUCUAUGCCCAGUCGCGACCAAUGUCUGUCCGAGUUUCAAGGCCUCGUUUUCGCCAGAAUCAUCUAAGCAAGUCGUGAUUGUGGAUAAGAUCAUGGAGAGUAUAGCUGCUGAUCCUGCUUCAAAAUCUUCCAGUGCAGUCAAACCAAGCGAUGCUAAGAUAGCAAUCAUUGGAAUGUCUGGCAGAUUUCCAGAAGCAGCAGACGUGGAAGAAUUCUGGAACCUGCUUUACCAAGGGCUUGACGUCCAUCGACGUGUUCCAGAAGACAGAUACAAUGCAGAAAAGUACUAUGAUCCAACCGGCAAAAAAAAGAAUACGAGCAAGAUUUUGCACGGAUGUUGGAUUAAUGAGCCGGGGCUAUUUGAUGCAAAGUUCUUCAACAUCUCUCCGAAAGAGGCUGAACAAUCUGACCCUGGCCAACGUAUGGCCUUGACGACAGCCUAUGAGGCUCUUGAAAUGGCAGGUAUCGUUGCUGAUAGGACGCCAUCGACUCAGCGAGACCGUGUUGGAGUAUUCUACGGCAUGACUAGCGACGACUACAGAGAGGUUAGCUGCGGCCAAAACGUCGACACUUACUUUAUUCCAGGUGGAAACCGAGCCUUUACUCCAGGCAAGGUGAACUAUUUCUUCAAAUAUUGCGGCCCAUCAGUAAGCGUCGACACCGCUUGCUCGUCCAGUCUUGCAGCCAUCCACCUUGCCUGUAACGCGAUCUGGCGCAAUGAAUGUGACACAGCGGUCGCUGGCGGAACGAAUGUCAUGUCAAACCCUGACAGUUUUGUGGGAUUGGACCGUGGGCAUUUCCUUGCCAGGGAGGGCAACUGCAAAACUUUCGAUGAUGCAGCUGAUGGCUAUUGUCGCGCAGAUGCGGUUGGCACCAUUGUUCUGAAGAGGCUUGACGAUGCAAUCGCAGACCAUGACCCCAUCCUGGGAGUCAUUUUGGGCGCGCAUACCAACCAUUCUGCGGAGUCUGUUUCAAUUACCAGACCGCACUGCGGAGCUCAAGAGGAGAUCUUUUCCAAGCUUCUCACUGAGACUGGCGUUCCUCCCAAUCAGGUCAGCUACAUAGAGAUGCACGGCACCGGCACACAGGCUGGCGAUGCUACUGAGAUGGCGUCGGUCCUCAGCUGUUUUGCUCCAUCUUAUACGCGACUGCCGCAUGAAAGCCUUCACUUGGGAUCAACAAAGGCAAAUGUCGGGCAUUCUGAAUCUGCAUCCGGUGUUACAGCGCUGAUCAAAGUUUUGUUGAUGAUGGAAAAGAACCUCAUCCCGCCUCACUGUGGCAUAAAGGGCAAAAUCAACCACAAAUUUCCCACAGAUUUGGAACAACGCAACGUGCAUAUCGCCAUGUCUGCCACGAGGUGGGAUCGAAAGCGCGAGUUUAACAACAUUCGCCGUGCCUUUGUCAACAACUUCUCUGCCGCAGGUGGCAACACGGCACUCAUCAUGGAAGACUACCCGGAACUCACGAUGAACUCAUCACAACCUGAUCCUCGGACAGCUCACGUUGUGACAGUGUCUGCCAAGUCAAUUCCAUCUCUUAGAGGAAACUUGGAGAAACUGAGAAAUUUCGUUCAGCAGCAAACAGGUGCAGAUGACUUCUUACGCAAGCUGUCUUAUACAACUACGGCUCGAAGGAUGCAUCAUCCAUUCCGUGUUGCCAUCCCAGCUGCAAACUGCGAGCAGCUGUUGAGCGCCUUGAAUGAUAUGGCCAAACGAGACACUCAUAGGCGCUCCGAAGAAACGCCAGUCGCUUUUGCAUUCAGCGGCCAGGGGGCACAGUAUAGCGCCAUGGGACAGCAUCUGCUGCAGUACGCGACAUUCCGCAAGGAAAUCGAGUCUUACGACAUUCUAGCUCAACGCCAUGGAUUCCCUUCAAUCAUGCCACUUGUCGAUGGAUCUGGCACGAUUGAGGAUCUUGAGCCGCUGGUGGUCCAACUCGGUACUACUUGCAUUCAAAUGGCUCUCGCGAGCUUCUGGAUAGCAUUGGGCAUGAAGCCAGCCUACGUGGUUGGUCACAGUCUAGGCCACUAUGCGGCACUCAAAGUCGCUGGUGUUCUCACAGCAAGCGACACAAUCUACCUUGUGGGCAUGAGAGCUCGUCUUCUUCAAGAAAAAUGCACCAUAGGAAGUCACGAGAUGCUGGCAGUCCGAAGCAGCGUGGAGGAGAUUCGGAAAUAUUUGGAUGCAAGCAUUCACGAUGUUGCUUGCAUCAAUGGCCCACAAGAUACCGUUGUCAGUGGCUGUGUAGCUGACAUCGAGAAUCUGUCUCAAAAGCUUACAGCCAACAACAUCAAAGCAACAAGGGUCAAUGUUCCUUUUGCGUUCCAUUCGGCCCAGGUUGAUCCCAUUCUGGACCAGCUUGAAUCUAUUGCUUCUAAUGUUACCUUCCACUCUCCGAGCAUCCCGGUUGGCUGCCCUCUACUAGGUACAACUUUCCAGGUCGGUGAGACACCGUCUCUUAAAGCUAAGCAUAUCAGAGACCACUGCAGAGAAGCCGUCAACUUCCAUGGAGUCCUACAAGCCGCUAAAGAUGAUGGCUUAAUCUCUGCAAAGACAGCCUGGAUUGAGUUAGGCCCACACUCAGUGUGCUCUACGCUCUUGAAAGCCAAUCUCGGGCAGGACAUUACCGCCGUCCCUUCCUUGUUGCGCAAUAAGGAUGGGUGGCAGGUUUUGGCUUCGAGUCUUGAGACUUUGUAUUGCAAGGGAAUAUCCAUCAACUGGGAUGCAUAUCACGAGGACUUUGAAGCUUGCAAGGAGGUAUUACGGCUACCCGCCUACAGCUGGGAAAACAAGAAGUACUGGAUUGAUUAUGUGUAUGAUUGGCUACUCACGCGAGGUGAUCCUCCCCCACAACUAGUUGCUCCAGCGCCAGCACCAGCGCCAGUUUCUACCUUUUCAACGGCCUCUGUCCAUCGAAUUGUCGAUGAGAUCAUAAGUAAAGAGAAGCUCAAUCUCACGGCAGAAUGCGAAUUCACAAGCGAAAAAUUGCAUGAAGUGGUAUUCGGUCACGUUGUUAAUGGUAAUCGGGUUUGCACAUCGUCAUUGUACAGUGAUUUUGGAUUGACUCUGGGCACGUAUAUCCUUCAAAAAUAUCGACCGGAUCUCGAGGGUUAUUCCGUAGACAUCCAGGACAUGACUAUCCAUAAACCUCUAGUCCACAAGGAUGGUCCAGCCAUGCUUUUGAGGAUCAACAUUGAGCACGAUAUAACUAAUAGCAGAGCGGCAAAGAUGUCCAUAUACAGUAUAGAUGCCAAGGGGAAAAAGACUGUCGACCAUGCUCAAUGCAGGCUUCACUUUGAGCGUCCCAAAAUCUGGCAAGAAAACUGGGACAGUACUCAAUACUACGUCGAGCGAAGUAUUGAGUGGCUCAAACAGAAAGCUGACCAAGGUCACUACAGCCGUCUCUCUUCUGGAGUUAUAUACAAGCUUUUCUCCAGUUUGGUCGACUACAGCAACGCCUACAAGGGUAUCCAAGAAGCCAUCAUCAAUGCGGAAGACUAUGAAGCGACCGGCUUGGUCCAGUUCCAAGUUGAUGAGGGCAGCUUUCAGUGUAACCCCAUGUGGAUAGACAGCUGUGGGCAACUUGCCGGGUUCUUGAUGAACGGGCAUGCAAAGACUCCAAAAGACCAAGUCUUUAUUAACCAUGGCUGGAAGUCUUUUAGAGCCGUCAGGAAAUUCUGCAAAGACAAGACCUAUCGCACAUACGUCAGGAUGCGACCAAUGGAAGGCACCAUUUAUGGCGGAGACGUUUACAUCUUUGAUGAUGAAGGCGUUGUGGCAGUCUGUGGAGACAUUAAAUUCCAAGGUAUUUCCAGAAAGGUAUUGAACAGCGCGAUGCCGCCGCCGAAAUCUACAAACGAGGCCCAACCACAACCCCGUCCUCGUCCUACAGCCGCUAAAGAAAUCCCUGCAAAAAGUACAACCACUGUAUCAUUAACGCAGCUCUCUUGCCAUACUGAAGUUGAACCUCUAAAGCUCGAUGCGGCUCUGAAGUCCGCGUCUGCUGCGUCUGCUGCAAGAAAUCCUAUGCAUCCCAUCAUUGCGAUUUUGUCUGACGAGGUUGGCAUUCCCUCAGCUAGUGUCCAAGAUGACUUUGUCUUUGCAGACAAUGGAGUUGACUCGCUUCUGUCCCUCAAAAUCGCGGGAAGAUUGCGCGAAGAACUUGGUCUGGAGCUUGAAUCGUCAGUAUUCGAAACCUGCGCAACGGUUGCUGAUCUUGUUGCCCACCUUGGCUACAGCACUUUCUCAUCUGAUCAGUCUACUGAGCAGUUGAGUGAGACUGAAGGCUUCUCUUCAAGCAGCGAGCCCUUCACGACUUUGACCAGCAGCGCGACUACACCUCUGCGAGAAUCCGUCUCUUCUAGCCUGUGCAAAGACGUGUGCGCUAUUCUGGCAGAAGAGAUUGGCGUAUCUACGAGCGAGAUUAUGAAUGACGUUAACCUCGGUGAACUGGGCAUGGAUUCACUCAUGUCACUGACUGUGCUUGGUCGUCUUCGCGAAGAGCUAGAAAUUGAGCUCGACGAUGACUUUUUCGUGUCUUAUCCCGACUAUAGCUCUUUCAAGCACAUGUUCCAGUCAGCCACUCCACAGGAAUCUGAGCCAGACAUGUCCGAAGAGUUGCACAAAUAUCGGGCAUCGUCAAUUCUCCUUCAAGGAAAUCCCAAGACUGCGCUCUAUACACUGUUCCUUCUCCCAGACGGUUCCGGCGCUGCAGUUUCAUACGGGCCCAUUGACGCUGUUGGAAAAGAUGUCUGUGUAUAUGGGCUUAAUUGCCCUUGGCUUAAAACUGCUGAGAAGCUGGUGCACUUUGGUCUCAAAGGUCUGGCUACACUCUACGCUGAAGAGAUUAAACGAAGGAUGCCGCAGGGACCUUAUAACCUGGGCGGGUGGUCUGCAGGAGGCAUCUGUGCUUAUGAGGCAGCAAUUCAAAUGACACGGCAAGGAGAAACUGUUGAUCGUCUCAUUUUCCUUGACUCCCCCAAUCCAAUCGGUCUGGAGAAGCUACCUGCUCGACUCUUUGACUUUAUCAAUGGCCUGGGCCUUUUCGGAGAUGGCAAAGCACCGGAUUGGCUAUUGGCGCACUUUCUCGCGUUUAUCGAUGCGCUUGACGAAUGGAAGCCAGUGCCCUGGGAUGAAGCUCUGAACAAUAAGGCGCCAGCACCGCGCUCAUUCAUUUUAUGGGCUGAAGAUGGCGUCUGCAAGGGCACAGAUGAACGCCCAGAAUACAGAGAUGACGACCCGCGUGAAAUGCGGUGGCUGCUCGAGAACCGAACGAAUUUUGGCGGCAACAACUGGGAUGUUUUGCUUGGUGAGAAGAAUCUGUCGAUUGAACGGAUAAAGGAUGCGAAUCAUUUUACAAUGCUACACAAGGGCAAGAACACGCAGCGCGUUGCGGCUUUUAUCAAGAGUGCAUUCGCAUAG